UGAUCUCAUCAUCAUCACCAUCGUCACCAACUAAAUUUUUUGCAGCCCUGGACUGACAGCCAGCUGAGCUGACCACUCCACUUUUUAUUCAGUUUAGACGGAGAGAGGAGUCAAGUAGGAGUAGUUGGUUGGUUGGGCAGUUCUUCGGGUCCGUCGGAUAUUUCGAGAAAAAAACGAAAAAAACGAAAAAAACAAUUCAAUUGGGGGUGUGGUUGGUACUGGCUGCCGAAAGUUGGAGUAGGAGGGAAUUCUUUGCUGCAAUUGGUCAAUAAAAACUCGUCCAACUGUCAGAAAUUGAAACAAAUUGAUUCAAGUCUUCUCAACAAGUUUGUGCAGAUAUUAUUACUCUAAGAACGUGAAGUAAUACAACAUGUCGAGGAGGUUUAAGGCGACAAAGUACAAAAAUGCAGCUCCAAGACAGCAGACACACCCUCCCUGGAUUCGCGACUUGUCCGUUGGAUCGUACAAUUGCUUUGGCAAUUUCAUUAAGGCGUCAGCAGCCUUCACAGCGUUCAAUAUCAACCCUACCGGAUCUCAACUGGGAGUGGUGGCCUUAGACACUGAAGGACCAAUAACAGGCUACAAUGUGUCCAUUUUGAAUGCUCACAGUGAUUUGGUCACUGAUUUUGAUUUCUCUCCGUUUGAAGAUGGACUGUUGGCGACAUGUUCUGCAGAUUCUACUGUUAAGAUUUGGUCACUUAAUCUUGAAAAUUUAAACAACUUGUCAGUCCUCACCCCGGAAUGUGCUACCAACACAAAAAAUCGCCGAGUUGAGACAAUUUGCUUUCAUCCCACUGCCGAGUGUUUGUUGUCCUACACCUCUCAAAAUGCUUUAAGUUUAUGGGAUAUUUUACAUAAUAAGGAGUUGAUGCAUGAUGAAAUGAUUCACAUGGAUAAGAUUGUCUCUGUUUCCUGGAAUAAAAAUGGAGAACUUUUAGCAACAAGCUGUCAGGAUAAAUAUGUUCGACUUGUUGACCCACGAACCACGGAAGUCGUCGCAACUGCCAAUAAUCACAAAAACGACAAGGAUUCCAGGGUCGUAUGGCUUGGGGAUAGCCAGUUUAUAAUGACGUCAGGAUUUGAUUCUAACCGCAUGCGUCAAAUAUUCAUUCGCGACAUAAGAAAGUUUGAUACUCCAGUGAAGACUAUUGAAUUCCAAAGUUCGACCGGAAUCUUAAUUCCAAUGCAUGAUCCCGAUACUAACAUGGUGUUCCUUGCUGGGCGUGGGGAUUCCUCCAUUUCCUACUUCGAAUUCUCCCCUACCAUGGACGAUUUCUUGAUCGAAGGUUAUCGAUACAACGGGGAGCAAACUAAAGGGGCUUGUAUGAUCCCAAAAAGAGCUCUCAGAGUAAUGGAAACUGAAGUAAACAGAAUUCUCCAGCUCACUGCUAACUCUGUCGUGAGCAUUCCAUACUACGUUCCGAGGAAAACAUACAUUGAUUUUCACCAGGACUUAUUUCCUGACACCAAAGGAACAAAGACCUCCGGAAGUGCUGCUGCGUGGAUGGACGGGCACAACGGAACUGUAUUUAAUCAAUCACUAAAUCCUUCCGCGCCAAGAGAAGCUCCAUACUUUCUAGGAGAUGGAACACUCCGAGUCUUUAAGCAACCUUUGGUGGUUCGUAGAAUUGAAGAACAAGCGAGUAUCAAUAAGAUCAUCGAGUCUGGAAAUGAGGACUAUAAAAAAGAUGUCCCGGAACCGCGCCCAAGAAAAAAGUCUCUUACUCCUUGUUCAUCAUUUGAAGAAGUUGGAGAUGAUAGCAUCAUUCCUGCUGGGAAUCCACAACAUUUUCCCUCAAAGUUCUUUCCGGUACCAAAGCCCCGCGUUGGCGGUAAUACUACAACAAGCGGACUUCGAACACCAAGUUCGUUCAUAUCUAGAAUGGCUGCAGAUUUCUCACACCGAAGUACUUCAUUUGAAGACACGGAUAAUCACAACAUUGAAUACUCCAGUUUACCCGAUGUUGUCACUGCCCCGCCGAAUGCUAAUAAAAGCGAAGAAGUACUCAAUGGAAAUUUCCACAAUAACAAUGGCCAUGGUGGAGCCUCAACUCAUGUAGGAAAUGGAAGCCCUGGAGAUGUCGCAGAAAAUGGAAACUGUGUAGAAGAAGAUGAAUUGAACAUGUCAACCUCAGAUCGUCGGAAAUUGUUUGAAAGCGAGAACUCAUCUCCACAAGGUGCAAAUGGGGCCAACAACUUAUCUCCAGGAGCUCGACAGGCCCGCGUCACCGUGGCCGAAAGGCUAAAGCUGUACCAGCAAAAUACUAACAAUGGCGUUCCAGGACAGGAUGAAAAUGGAGAUCAUUCAUUUGAAGAGAAUAAGACAGCUACUGAGAACCCACAACAAAGUUGUCAUGAAUCAUCAAAGAUGUCUAAAAGCAAUUCUAACCACAGCAGUCUAGCAGCUUCUGCCGCCAAAGACAGAGAAUUCUUUCCAGCACCAAUAGCUAAGCCUGAAAGAAAGUUUACGCUACCGAAAUCUGACCCUACAGAGAAAAAAGUUGACAAUUCAUCUCCACCAAAUACUGCAUUCAAAGCAACUAAACGAAUCGAUACAGUUUUUGGACAAGUAUCAAAAUACCGAAACUUUAAGGUUAAUCCGUUGCAUCGAAAAUAUCAUCUCGAGAAUUUGCGAAACAUAAGCCCAACUUGUCCUGGAGAAAGUGAAGCGAUUCAAGCAAAUCCUGCUAGAGUAGCAGUCCCUUUGAAUACCACACCUGGAGGAAAGUUAGCAGUGUUUGAAUUCAGCAAGCCUGGACGACAACCCGAUGGCGUUAUUCCCGCAUUAGUGCAUGGUUCAAAAAUUAUGGAUUUCAUGUGGGAUCCGUUUGAUAACUGUCGCUUAGCCGUUGGUUGCGAUGAUGGAAGACUAUGGAUUUGGAAAAUCCCUGAAACUGGGUUGAAAGAACAAACUAAUGAACCAGAAUUUACUAUUCCUGCCCAUGGAGAGAAAAUUUACAUUGUCAAAUUUCAUCCAUUGGCACAAGAUGUGCUUGCAACGGCUUCUUACGACCUUUCCAUCCGGAUUUGGGAUUUGGAUAAGAAGGAAGGAUUAUUUCACAUCCCAUGUUCUGAGCAAAUUCAAAUUUUAAGCUUGGCGUGGAGCCCUUGUGGUGCAAUGCUAGCAACAAUGGCCAAGGACAGCAAGAUCCGUAUUUACGAGCCACGUGUUUCAGUUCAACCACAGUUAGAAGGACAGGGGCCAAGCGGCGUGAGAAGUGGACGAGUUUGUUGGGCAAUUGAUGGUCAAUUUCUCAUUGUUUCUGGAUUUGAGAAAAACUCUGAAAGACAGAUUCAAAUGUAUGGCGUAAAGGAUUUAUCAAGAGUGGCUGCAUAUCCACUUGAUGUUUCUCCCACCGUACUCGUCACAUUCUAUGAUGAGGACAGUUCUAUACUUUUCUUAUAUGGUCGAGGCGAUAGCACUAUCCUGGCAUUUGAUAUCACCGACGACGUUCCAUAUCUAAAACAAGUCAGUCAACAUCGACUUACCGGUGGUCAUCAAGGAAUUGCAUUUUUAAAGAAGAAUGCCGUGGAUGUGCAGAAUGUGGAAUUCGCCAAGGCAUACAGGCUUACGGAUGUCAUCAUAGAACCAUUAUCUUUCACUGUUCCAAGAGUUAAGAGUGAAUACUUUCAAGAUGAUUUGUUUCCACCCACAAAAGUACUUUGGGAGCCUACAAUGACGGCAGAGCAAUGGAUCAACAAUUGUAAUGUUGAGCCACGUCGGAUUAGCUUGAAGCCUCAAUCUAUGAAAGCUGUUGGUGAAAUCGGGGCAGGAUUUUUUAAGGAUAGGAAUUCGGACAAGCCAUCCACCGAAAAAGUGAAGGAAAAAGCUACAAAAUCGUCCGUCAGUUUUACUAACCGAUUUAAUGAUGGUUUCGAGAAUGGGGAUAAGAAACAAGCUGAACAAUUGGAAAGGGCUAUCAAAGAUAAGCUUGAAAUCAACAUGACGCUAGAACAGGAUGGGAUGGAAGGAGUUGAUGAUGAGGAAUGGAACGAAUAAUGGAGAGCUGCGCAAAAAAAUACCAACGAAUCCGAUAAACGAUAAAUAGACAUAAUAAUUCGAUAAUUUUUAGUGAACAAAUUACUUGUCAAAGCGUGUGUAAUUAUUUAUUAUGGAUUGAGCAUGUAAUCUACUGUAUUUAAAACUAUGCUUUCUAAAUGUAAACGAGGUCCAAAUUAGUGUACCAGUGUAUUUAAGAUUGUAAAUGAAGUCUAACGAAAAACAAACAGGUAUUAUAAUGAUGAUAUUGAUUAUGCGUACUAUUGUUUUUGGUAGACAAUUUGAUUUGUUCCUUACUCUAGAGUCACAAAAUUCUAGUCGUUUUUAGUAAUAGUUAAUACCACUAAGUUUUACCCCGUAAUUAGUCACAAAUUAAUUACGUCAAUGCAAAUGGUCAAAACGAUUUUUCAUAUACAUACUCAUUCACUACAAUUCGUCUCUCUUUCAAUACCAUAAAAAAUUCCAAUAUAAAAAGACUGCUAAAUCUUCACGCCUUAUAGUGUCAAAACUAAAGAGAUUUAAAAUCGUCUUACUGUACUUAUAUGAACUCACUGUAUAAAAUAAUGCAUUCCUUUUCUGUAGACUGGAAAUUAAGUUGUGUUGCAUUCAUUCCUUAUGAUGAUGGACUGAUUCACAUAAGCAAAAUUCAUGUAGGUAUGUUAUCUUGGAAGAAAGUCUUUGUUUAAACGUGAAAUGUAUGUUGAUUAUGUUGUGCCAAUCCUAAAAAUGAAGAUAUAAGCACCUAGCGAUAUUUUAAUCUAUUUUAUUCGCCUCAAACAACAAUUGACCAAUUGAUAUAUAAACAACUUAUACUCGUGUCUGAAGACUAUGCAUGUAGACUUCCAAUAUUAAAACUUUCAAAUAAAAUUUCAGCAUUUUAAGCUAAUAUGUAAUAAUGUUUUAACAAUGAGUUACAUGAUAUGACUGAUAUUAAUUAUUAUCUAUUUUGGUUAGUGUUUUAAAUCAUACAAGUACAAAAUUUGUGUUUACCCAAGAUUUGUGCACAACUAUGUAUACCUCGUAUUAAGACUUCACUCAUUCAUGAUUAAUAAUUGCAAUCGUUUUAAUAAACAGGUAGUGUUAUUUAACUAUGGUUAAAAAUCGUUACACAAUAUGUAUACUCUUUAAUUAAUUAUAUACUUAUUCUGCCGCAGUUUACUAAGUCUGGCCUGGAUGAGCCUAUAUAAUUAUAGAUAUCUGGCUAUUUAUGAUAAUACUUAAUAGAUGAUAGUUACUUCAGCUUUACCUGCAAAAAACGUGUGAUGACCAGUGUUUCUUCAAGAUUAAAAAAUAAUGCUUAUUGUUACAUAUUGCUCCUGCUAAUGCUACUUAUACUUGCCGAGAGACUUGUAAAAAUUGUACCUACACUAAUUUAUUUAUUUUAUGAAUUCUGCAAAGAAAAAGACACUGGAUCAUGGCACUAGAGAGAUCAUCAUUAUUAUAUAAUCAUGUGACAAUAGACUGGUUUGGUAGGAUUAUAGUUGUGUCGUCGUUUGUAUCGAUUGUUCCCAUUAUUUUAACUGUAUCUUUCCAGAAUUAUGCAUAAUAGGAAGGACUAUCGUUAUCUUUAUAGUUUGUUUUACCGAUAGAUUCCAAUUUCGCAAUGUGUUUGAAAUUGAAUAAUGAAAGUGUAAUGACAACAACAAAACACAGCAUGAAUAAAUGAAACCAUUGCUUGAAAAAAAA